ACUCUUGACACCGGCUGGUACGACGACAAAAAUGGGUUCAACAAGACUCCACGUAAAGGGCCGCAUUCUUGGCCACAAGCGCGGCAAGCGCAACACUCGCCCCAACACCACGCUCGUCCAGGUUGAGGGUGUCUUGAACAAGGAGGAGGCCCAGUUCUAUCUCGGCAAGCGCGUUGCCUACGUUUACCGGGCGAAGAGGAAAAUCGAGGGUUCCAAUGUACGAGUAAUCUGGGGCCGUGUUACCCGCUCUCACGGCAGCAACGGUGUCGUCAAGGCCAAGUUUAAGUCGAACAUUCCACCUCACGCUUUCGGCGCAUCCGUUCGUGUGAUGUUGUACCCUUCUACGAUCUGAUUUAUUGAUGUGCUCUCGCUUGUCUCUGGCAUCUCCUGCCGUCUACCUACUGCAAUAUGACAUGCCCCAUGGCCCACAUGCAU